AUGAGUUCCGGUACGAUCAAGCCUGGCUCUGCAUCCAAGCCUGGCCAAGGGAGCGUCCCAGCUGGUCCCCCAUCCAGCCAGGCAAUACUGCUGGACAAGCUGAACAGAAGGUCAACGCCCGACUCCGAGGCACUCGCAAGCUCGGAUGACGAAGCUGAGCAUCACCGCCAGGAUAAUUUCCCUCCCCCCGUUCAGCCCCCGCAGCCGGUGCGCCGGUCAUCCUGGCUCAACGACACAUCCCAGCAACCUUUGUCCCGCCAGGCCCAGAGGAAAGGAUCCUUUGCGAGCACUUCAAUGUCGCCAACAAGCUCCCACCCGGCUACUCCUUCCGGCGACGUAGGUGUCACGGGCUGGGGUUCUCACCCGGCCACGGCUGGCGUCCUUGGGCGGACUCACUCAGGGGGAGCCGGCUCAUUUCCUUGGGGAACGGGCAUAUGGGGCAGUGAAAGAAAGGAACCCCCCUCUCGCUUGACUGAGGUUCUACCUUCACCCACCUCCACGAUGGCACCGGGGGCUUCAAGCAGCUCGUUCUUCGCUGGUGAUAUUGGUAUGACGCAGAGUUCGCCUGCUCCAAGAGAUACCCCCGGCUCACAGAUCCCCUUCCCCAUUCCCUUGCACCCGACUCCCAAGACCUACCGUUCUCAGUCCUACUCGGUCGGCCAACUUGAGCCCGAGACCAUGGCCGCGUCGAUGGGUACGACCUCCAUUAUGGGGACCCGUCGCCCGAUGGGCCAUCCCGGCCUCCAGCACCGACCGUCUCGGCCAAGUAUGCUGAGUGAGAUGUCGAAUGACAGCAUGCUAGGAAAGGUGAACGAGGACGACGAUGACGACAGCAGCGGUUCUAUGCAAGGAAGCCAGCAUCAGGAUGCCGCCAAAACAAUCGAAAUGCUUACGAGAGAAAACAUGAUGCUACGCCAACAGCAGUAUCAGAAUGCACGACUCCGGCCCCGCGCCUCAACAGCAAGUGCUUAUGGCCUGAGCUCUAGCUACCUGCAAGAGCCAGUGCCGGAAGAAUCGGACUACGCAGUCGAUGAGCUUGAAGAGCUCCAUGAAGGGUCUGAUGCGGCAACCCGAAGAGGGCUUGCCCGGAGAAUGAGUGAGUUUGGUGCCGGUACGCUCAGGACUCCGUAUAUGGUGGAGAACAGGAAGUUGGAGAACGUCAAGAAGGCGUACUGGCAGAGCUCGCUCGGUUUUGGCGGACUGGGCGACCUGCCUCAAAGCCGUCGACACUCGUUUGCGGAUGUGCCAACCCGGCAGGGCUCAAUCAGCUCCAUCGGGGACGCUGUCCCGCCUCAUGAUUCGGGGGGUCAGGAUCUUGCUCACUCGCAGGAUUUCUCGGCUGCCUAUUCCGACAAUCACGGCUAUCCCAUCAACAACCCGGUUUCGGCCUACUUCAAUGGCGGCGCUGGCCUCAGCGCCGGUUCCCAGCAAGUACUGGCCCAAUCCGCAUAUGGCAGUCACUUCGCCUCUCCCUACGCCGGCCUGCCUGCAUCAUACUCCAACCGACCUACGUCGCCCCAGCGCAGCAUGUAUGGCAUAGCGCAGCCGCGACACAACCAGUCGCUGCACAUCGUGCUCUUCAAAUGCGCCAGGGCCGAUGUCUUCUACAUUCAGGAAGGUACUGGACUUACGGUCAAACCUGGCGACCUGGUGAUUGUGGAGGCGGAUCGCGGAACGGACCUGGGCACCGUCGCACGGGACAAUGUCGACUGGCAGACUGCAAAAGAGCUCAAAGAGCACUAUGCCGAGGAGCAUUACAGAUGGCUCAUGAUGUACUCGCAGAAUGCUGCUGCGGCACACGAGGGCGCUGCCGCCGGCCUCAUGGCGGCCAAUGGUCUACAAGGGAGUGCCGUCGGCGGCAUGGGCCCUCCGAGCCAGCAUCACCAUAUUCAGGAGCCCGGUGCGGUUGAGCUGAAGCCCAAGCUGAUCAAGCGCCUUGCGCAAAGUCACGAGAUCCACGCCCUGCGAGAGAAAGAGGGCAACGAGGCCAAGGCAAAACGGGUCUGCCAGCAAAAGGUCAGGGAGCAUGGCCUCAACAUGGAAAUCCUGGACGCCGAGUUCCAAAUGGAUUGGAAGAAGCUGACCUUUUACUACUUCGCCGAUACAUACAUCAACUUCAACUCCCUCGUCACCGACCUUUUCAAAAUUUACAAGACACGCAUCUGGAUGUCAGCAAUCAAUCCUGCAUCGUUUGCCAGCCCCACCCUUGGGCUGCAGGCGCCAAGCGGUGUCGGGCCGGGAGCCGUGGUGAACCGCUCCAGCGCAUCGGCUCGCCAUCAAGAGUCGCAGCAGGAGCAUCAGCAUGCAGGCCGCGGCGUUCAGCCAUCGUUCGGGUCAUCUUCCAAUGCCGAACGUGCAGUGGCCACGGGAUCUAACUACGCGGGUACCAACUACCCUUACAAUCCGUAUGGCGCCUUUGGCAAUGCUGCUCGGGCAGGAGGUGUUGCAUACACUCCCGGCGCGAUGCAGGGCCUCGACGCCUUUCCCGGCACAUUUCCACAGGCUGGGGAUCUCGCCGGGCGAGGGCGUCAUCUUAGCCCCCAGUCCGCCACGGGCUCCCAGCCUGACCAAGCUUUUCCCGGUCUUGGAACGCAGGCAGACUUGCUCGGAUCAUUCCAGGGCUUGUCGCUGAACUCUCGUUAG